CUGAAAGCCUUUAAGAAAUUGCGAUUAUCCUAACCCAGGAGGAUCCGUAGUCGGUAGUUCUAUAAUAAAAAGCCAAAAACCGCUGAAUUACUUGGCGCUUUCUCCCCACCUUCCAGGCACGUCUCUAAACUCUCUCUCUCUUUCGCACGCUUCAAAAAACCUUCCACUGUGCAUAGGAAUAGGAUCGUCCGAUCAGACAGACGCCAUGAACAUCUUCUCCAAGAAACCCAAUCCCAAAGAGGCUCUGAGGGAGAGUAAGAGAGAAAUGACAAAUGCUACUAGAGGUAUAGAGAGGGAAAUUGGAGCAUUGCAAUUAGAAGAAAAGAAGCUUGUUGCUGAGAUAAAGAGGACAGCUAAAACUGGAAAUGAGGCAGCAACUAAAACCCUAGCCCGCCAACUAGUCAGGCUUAGACAACAAAUAGCCAACUUACAAGGCAGUCGAGCUCAAAUGAGAGGCAUAGCAACUCAUACACAGGCAAUGCAUGCACAGUCUUCAGUUGCUGUCGGCAUGAAAGGUGCCACUAAGGCGAUGACAGCCAUGACUAAGCAAAUGGCUCCUGCAAAGCAAGCAAUGGUGAUACGGGAAUUUCAGAAACAGUCUGCCCAGAUGGAUAUGACUACUGAAAUGAUGUCAGACGCCAUAGAUGAUGCCUUGGAUGAUGAUGAGGCUGAAGAGGAGAGCGACGAGCUGACAAAUCAGGUUCUAGAUGAAAUUGGUGUUGAUGUUGCCUCACAGUUGUCAGCAGCUCCAAAAGGAAGAAUCGCCCAGAAAAAUGCUGAGGGUGUCGGCAGUUCGGGCAUUAAUGAGCUUGAGAAGCGGUUGGCAGCUCUUAGAAACCCAUGAGCUGGAGACUGGAAGCCGAAGUAUAUCUUUCUUAUCCACAAGGUCAUACACUGUAGAUAAUUGUCUCUCCCCCAAAUGCCACUCAUUUCAGCAUGUAUUCCGAUUCAUUUUUGAGAUCAUUUUCCUUGGCUUGAUCUGUGUAUUGUGGCAAUGCAACAGCAAAUUUAGAGAUAUAGGUACUCAACAUCUGCAAAUUAGAACUGGAUGAAUCCUACUACCAAUAUUUCAAUAGUAAUAUAUUUUAUUUCAUUA